AAAGAUGGAGGAGAAAGCUAGCUAGCUAGCACUGUACAUCACCGAGGACCUUAAGCUAAAAACAAAAUUGACCAGUUUCUCUACUUAUUGUAUUUUUGAUAUCGAGAUUUUCAAGAUGGAUACUGCCGUAUUUCCCGAGGAUGUCGUUGUAAAAAAGGUUUCCAUCGUUGGAUCGGAGCUCGUGGAGAAUUACACUGUGUACGUCAUUGAGGUGACAGUCAGGGAUCACAGAUGGACCAUCAAGCAUCGCUACAGUGAUUUCCAUGAUUUGCAUGAGAAACUGACAGCUGAGAAGAAGAUAGAGAAACAUUUACUGCCGCCUAAGAAGAUGAUUGGUAAAAACUCCAAAAGCCUGGUAGAGAAACGUCAGAAGGAGCUGGAAGUCUACCUACAAACACUGCUUGUCAGAUUCCCUACAGCUGCCCCUAAAGUCCUCUCCUACUUUCUGCACUUCCACCAAUAUGAAAUGAAUGGAAUCACAGCCGCUCUGGCAGAGGAGCUGUUCCAUAAGGGAGAGCAGUUGCUGGUGGCUGGUGAGGUGUUCACAUUGUGUCCCCUCCAACUGUAUGCCAUCACUCAGCAGCUGAAGCUGGCCAAACCUACCUGCUCUAAUGGUGACGCCAAGGCAGACCUGGGACACAUUCUGGACUUCACCUGCAGACUCAAAUACCUCAAGAUCACAGGCACCAGAGGAGAGGUGGGGACCAGUAACAUCCAGGAAGACAGCCUCACGUUUGACCUUUCAGUCUUUAAAGCUCUCCUACAGAUAGAGAUAAGUGAGUGCAACUCGGCCCAGAUCAUGGGACUGCCUUCUCUAAAACCCUGUCUGGUCACGCUGAGUGUCCACCACACUGCAGCAUCCAUGAUGGAUGUGCUGGUUCCGGAGGCGUGUGAGUCCCCUCAGUGGGUAGCAGAGGGAGCGCUUUCAGACUGUCCCGUCACCACCAUCAUCCCUACCUGGAAGACUCUCACCACUCUGGACAUGAGCCACAACCACAUAGGCUGCAUAGACAACUCAGUGAAAUUGAUACCAAAAGUAGAAUUCUUAGAUCUUAGUUCCAAUGAGCUCUCUACGGUGGAAAACCUUCAGCACCUGUACAACCUGAUCCACCUGGACCUUUCUUACAACAUUUUGACAGUGUUAGAGGGGGCCCACACCAAACUGGGUAACAUCAAGACCCUCAACUUGGCAGGCAACCAGCUAGACAGUCUCGCAGGCCUCACUAAACUAUACUCUCUGGUCAACCUGGACCUCAGCUCCAACAAGCUAGGACAGCUGGAGGAGAUCAGGUACAUAGGAACGCUGCCCUGCCUGGAGAAGCUGAUCCUGUCUAACAACCCCAUGUGUAUCAUCCCGGACUACAGAACCAAGGUGCUGGCUCAGUUCUGGGACCGCGCCUCAGAGGUAUGCUUGGACAGCACUGCGCCGACAGAGAAAGAGCUGGACACUGUGGAGGUGUUGAAAGCUAUUCAGAAAGCCAAAGAAUCUAAAGACCGAAUGGCCAACAACAACGAGAAGAAGAUCAGUGAGGACUCCAGGCUGUCUGGUGGUGGAUCUUCCAUCUCCUCCUCUGUCGCUGCCGCCUCUUCCUCCUCCUCUUCCUCUCUCCUCUCCUCAGCCUUAGCCCCAGCCUGCUCCAGCCAAGAAGUGAUAUGUAAAGAAGAAGCCUUUGUUACCCCUACAAUAUUGACUCCUGUGGAUUUUAUUGCACUUGAUACCCAGCGAUGCUAUGAUGAUGUAAACACUCUGCCUUGUGAGGAACAACUACAGGUUACCAGCCACCAGCCUGAUGAUGAUUCUAGUUCUUUUGAACGCUCCAGUACCCAACAGAACCAGAUCCAUGGGAACAGUAGCUGCUGCUGCUGCUGCUGUGUGGAGGACAGAGAGGAGAGAUACACGUGGAGCAGCACUAACCUGAGGACUCCUGUGCUCCCCCUCCACCUCCCCUCCUCCACCUCCUCCUGUCCGUCCUUCACCUCCCUGCUGUCUGCCCGCAUCACCAGAGCCCUGGCAGAGGAGGACAGGAGGCCCAGCAGACUCAGAGAUCUUCCCAGCCAGGAAGAGACUGAUCUGGGCAGCCCCAGCCCCAGUCCCAGCCCUUCCUCUGGAGAUGGAUACUUUGAGAUGGGUCUGGGGGAGGGAAAGGAGAGGGAGGGAGAGGAGGGGUCCCUGACUGACCAGGUAGAGGGAGAGAACCAGGCCCCAGAGACAGAGGUGUUACGUGUGAUUAAAGUCAUGUGGUGUCACUGCAUCAGGGUUGAUGAUGUGGUGGAGCAGAGGUCGGUGUGUGUGGUGCUAACAAACAGUCUACUGGGGCUGUUCCACUGUCCUAGUCACCCCUCCACAGCUCCAACCCAUCAACCCCAGAGCCAACCUCACGACCUUGGCUCAGUCACAGUCCAGACCCAGUGCCUAACCCUACAGACCCUAGUAGAUAACCUGGAGCCAGACUUCGUCCUUCCCUACGACCAGCUAGACUCUCUCCUCUUCUACAUCCCAGACACUUGCCUUUCCCUGAGGGUGAGGUCCUCUGACGUCCGCUGGUACCUCUUCUCAGACCCCCGGGGUUUAAAGGAGACCCACUCCCUGCUCUGCUCCCUGGCCCAGCUCCCGUCCUCCCCGUCAGGAGGACCCUCCACCCCGCAGCAGCUCCUCCACCUGCUCUUCACCUCCUGGGAGUUUGAAGAGAACCAGGGCUGUGUGAAAGGAGGUUAUGCAGCACAUCUAGUGGAGACUGCCAUGUUGGCGUCCCAGACCAGCCAGCAGACAACCACCUCAACAAACCCAACUGUCACUCCUAUGAAGACCUCUACUAACCCCAACACCUUCAACCUCCAAACUCUAGCCAAUCCCCUUCUCUCUGACAUCCUAUCCCACGUAGUUCCAGGAGGGGACAGAGACUCCUCCUGCUGUGUCCCCUGUGUCCUGUUUUUGACCCAGCGGCAUCUCUGUGUGCUGAAGGUGGACUUCAAAGCUCUGGCCCGGGGAACCACCAGAGAUGAACAACCGUCAGACAACCUCAACCAGAGGCUCCGCUCCUGCUCCAGGCUCACCCGCAUCCCCCUGGCCUCCGUGCUGCCCCACCCCAGGCCGAGUGCCCUGUAUGGGGCUGGGUCUAGGUCGGGGUCUAUCCCUGCCUACUCUCCCAGCUGCCCCCUGCCCUGGCACCACCGCUCCCCCAGAGACAGCCGUGUCAUGGAGCUCCUAGUGGGACAGGAGAGGGUCACGGCGGUGUUCCCCUUGCCUCACGACAGGCUCCGCUUCCAGAGACAGUUCACCCUGCUGCGCUCCAGCCUCAGGGACAUCAAGACUGUGGCUUUCCUGCAGGGUGGGAACGAACAUAGCCACAGUGACGGGGACAGUCCCAGGACGAUAAACAUAUACACGUCCACUCCCAAUGAGACCAAGAGCACAGACAGGCUGCAGGUUAACAGCCCUCGAGGUGCUCAGCGCCCUCGGCCAUCCCUGUCCCUCUCCUACCCAACAGACAUCCUGGUGGAGAAGCUGACCGGAGACAACCAGGUCCCAUCCCACCUGUCCCUGUCCCCAGCCCUGUCCCUCGUCUCUGGGCUUCGGGGACACCAGCUGCUGGGGUUCUUCCACACAAACAUUGCAGAGGAAGAGAAGGAGGAGCUGCAUCACAUCCUGUGGUCAUCGGUGGUUUUUUAUAAGUCACCUGACGUCGAGGCCACUUCCUGUAUCAUGCUCUCUACUAAAGCCCUCUACUUCCUGCUGGAUGACUCCGCCUCCACGCUCAACGACCAAUCACUACUGUGGGACUGGAGCCACUGUGACCAUCAGGACCCAGAGCUGAUCAUGUCUUACUGUCUCACCAUCGACCUCCACGACCUCCACUCUGUCAACGUGGGCCUGUUCGACCAGUACUUCAGGGUGGUGGGGCCGUCAGCGAACCACAUCAUCUGUUGUCUGACGAGGGACAGUUACGGGACACAUCGCUUCCUGCAGCAGCUGAUGACAGUCCUCUCUCUACAGGACAAACUACCCUCUCCUGAACCCUCCGAACAAGACUUCUACUCACAGUUUGGAAAUAAAUCCACAGGUAAGAUGGAGAACUAUGAACUGGUCCACUCUAGCAGGGUAAAGUUCAUCUACCCCAGUGAAGAAGAGAUUGGAGACCUGACCUUUAUCGUAGCCGAGAGGAAAGGUUCUUCUGGGGCGUCCUCCUGCAAUAUCCUGCUCUACGUACUGGUCUUUCAGGUGCAGACCCAGGGGCUAGGUUUCUCACAGGGCCUCAAUGUGCUCCCACAGACCCAGGUCCCAGCUGCAGACAGACAGACUUCCACCGGGGGUCUGCAGGGGGAUAGAAAGUCUCACCUCCACCCCCAGAGCCCGGUCUCUGCUAGCCAGCCUCGUCUUCACCCCUACCCUCAGGCUCCAGGCCCAGCGCCCUCCAUCAGGCCCCAUAUCCUCCAACAGAGCCUGCCUCCCCAGGCUCCCUCCACCCCCAGGCCUGUCCUCCAUCCUAAGACUCUGAUCCUGACCAGUACAGACGUUUUCCUGCUGGAUGAGGAUUAUAUCAGCUACCCGCUGCCGGACUUUGCCAAGGAGCCCCCUCCCCGAGAUAAGUACCAACUGACCGACGCUCGACGAAUAAGAGACCUGGAUAGAGUCCUCAUGGGUUACCAGACGUACCCGCAGGCCCUGACGUUAGUCUUCGACGAUGUCCCUGGGCCAGACCUCCUCUGUCAGCUUACCAUGGACCACUUUGGAGAAGAGGAGAGGGGAGGAGGGGAGAAGGGGAGGAGGAGGAGGAGAUGUGGGGGAACAGAGAACGAGGUACUGUGGUGUAUCUAUGUCCCCGGAGCAGACAGCAGGGAGAGGCUGAUAUGUCUGUUAGCGAGACAGUGGGAAGUGCUGUGUAGUAGGGAGCUGCCUGUAGAACUCACUGGCUGACUGGUUCUUCUGCCUGUAGAACUCGCUGACUGACUGGUUAUUCUGCCUGUAGAACUCACUGGCUGACUGGUUCUUCUGCCUGUAGAACUAUCUGGCUGACUGGUUAUUCUGCCUGUAGAACUAACUGGUUGACUGGCUGGUUCUUCUGCCUGUAGAACUAACUGGCGGACUGGUUCUUCUGCCUGUAGAAGUCACUGGUUGGCUGACUGGUUCUUCUGCCGGUGUGACUGACUGGUUCUUCUGCCGGUAGAACUCCCUAGCUGACUGACUGGUUCUUCUGCCGGUAGAACUC